AUGCUUUUUCUUUCCUUUUCGCUUUUUGGAAGGGAAGCAAUUUCCUGCCAUAUUCAAAGCAUUCUCCAGAGAUCAGCAGUCAUCAUUCAGCCUCAUUACAGUGAUGGGAAAGAGGGCCUCAUAAGCCGUAUUAUAGUGACCCACUGGAAAAGCAGCUGCUUCUGUCAAGAAACACCUCCAUUUCCUGACAAAUUACCGCCAUGUGCUAAAAGCUCUCCAAAUAGACCAGCUUCCAAAAACAAGAAGGUCUACCGUACAGAUAGAGGCUUUUUACUUCUUGUUAUGGGGCCGGGGGUGGGAGUGGGGGGCAGGAAGCCCUCCUCACUUUCGGAAAACAGUGAGCCAGAUAAUGACAGGAACACGCCCCUGAAGCCACAAAAGAGAACGUCUGUAGCUUUUAACGGAGAGUGGAUUUUACUCACAUGGUAA